UACUGUUUCCGGUCACGCAGGCGCAGAGUAGACCUCUUUCCCCGCUUUCUAAAUUAACAUGGCGACUCCAGCUAAAGUCACAAAACCAGAAGGGAAAAAUAACCACGACACGGCAGAUGAGCAAGCAGAUAAAGAGCAACAAGAGGCAAUAGAACAAAUAGAUGAGGUCCAGAAUGAAAUUGACCGGCUAAAUGAGCAAGCGAGUGAGGAGAUUCUCACAGUGGAACAAAAGUACAACAAAUUGAGACAACCUUACUUUCAAAAGCGGUCAGAUUUGAUUGCCAAAAUCCCAAAUUUCUGGGUAACUGCUUUUGUAAAUCACCCUCAAGUAUCAGCACUGCUUAAUGAAGAGGAUGAAGAGGCCUUACAGUACCUGACCAAAGUGGAGGUGCAGGAGUUCGAAGACAUCAAGUCAGGAUACAGAAUAAACUUUUAUUUUGAUAGCAACCCAUAUUUUGACAAUGAAAUGAUAACUAAAGAGUUCCAUUUGAAUGAUACCGGUGAACCCUCCUCCAAGUCGACACCGAUCAAAUGGAAAAGUGGAAAAGACUUGACAAAGAAAUCCAGCCAACCCAGUAAAGGACGAAAGAGCAACCACGAGGAACAGGAAUCCUUCUUCUGCUGGUUCUCAGAUCAUGGGGAUGCAGGUGCUGAUGAGUUAGGAGAGGUCAUAAAAGAUGAUAUCUGGCCCAAUCCUUUACAGUACUACUUGGCUUCAGAAAUUGAUGAGGAGGGCGGAGGUGAUGGUGAUGAUUUGGAUGAGGAAGGUCUGGAUGAUGAAGAAGGGGAUGUAGAAGAGGACUUUGAGGGGGAAGAUGAGGAGUUGGGUGAGGAGGAGGCAGAGGAUGGAGAAGAAGGCGGAGAAGAGGAGGAAGGUUAAGAUCAUCAGAUCAUCGGCUGUCAUCGUCAUUUCCCAUCAUUCACUGGCAGACUACCCUGGGUUGAGGCGGCGGCGGAUACCAACCUGCACCCAUGGCUAACUGUCAACACAUGGACAACACUUGACUACACCAAUGCUAGAGUAGAUGUUAAGCAUGUCGAGAGGUUUUGUUUUUGUAUAUUUGGCUGUGUUGGUUUAUGGUUAACAGAUGCGAGCCCAGCUUAACUCCAUUACGAUUUGACCUUUCCGACGUAAACAUGGUAAGAGAUAAACGUGAAGGAGUUAAAGGGUUAUAUGUUCUGUGUGACUUUGUGUGUGAGCAGUUCAAGUAUUAGCUACGACGUAAACAGUUUCAAUUAAUUAGGUAAGUAAUCCAUUGGUGACACUCAUCUCAGGAAAACUUCUUCAUUGUAUUUAAGUACAGUCCGUUGUACCGUGGUUUCUGAAUGGCAUUUCUAUGUGGUCGUGAGGAUAUCAGCUGAGGGUUAGCCAUGGGUGUCUUGGAAUAAUCUUUUGUUUUGGCCUGGUUUGGAUGGAUUUAACUGAUUCAUUCUUGAUGGAGGUCUAAACCUACUGCUUGACAAUUAUUUUAUGAUCUUGUUUGUCUUGUGUACCAGAUGUUUUAUAUUUUGGAAAGUGUUUAGGAUAGAUAUGAAGAGACGAGUUUCACAGCGAAACCUCUGCAUGUUUUAAGUAAAUGUGUAUUCAGUGUCUGAUCCUGAUGUUAAGAAGCGAACACAUUCGGUGUUCUUACAUAUAAGUCCUUUUUUAUUGUUAUGAGUUUUUGGUUAUCUUAAAAUGUUAUUUCUACAGUGAAUAGACCAAUGCAUCAAAUGAUUUUUUUGUAACAGUAUUAGGUAGUGAAAUUUAAAUCCAAUGAAAGUUAUUCCUCUUGCAGUUCAGUUGUGUAUUUAUGUUAAAGUUGACUUUGAGACCAAUGUGUAAUUUAGGUAGAGGUAAGAAUUUAAUUUUUAACAAUUUCUUAACAUACUCAUGACAGUAAUGAAUUAUACUGCCGAAGGUUUUGUACAAAGCACAUCAACCAUCAAGAUCAUUUCCAUGAGGCAUGCGACAAGGCAGUUCGUGUUUCUGUGUUGGAAUAACGGUGUCGAGUCCAGCAAUCAUAUUUGUGUAUUAUUAUCAAAGAUGUUGCUCUCAGAGUUCAGUAAACUAGAAACCUCCUCACUUCCAUAAGGUAAAAACAUUUUGUACAUAUGUCUUUUGCAUUGGCAUUGCUUUGCCAGCUUCACAGGAACUUACAACUUCGUGGUAGUGCUACCUUGCAUUUAUAAGCUCUGGAAGAGAGGAAAAGUGACAUGUUUGGUAAUCAGGGACUUAGAAGAGGUUGAAGUCUUUAAGAUAGCUUCUCUGACUUGGCCUACGAGUUAAGAUCUUUUGAAAAUAAAGUUGUCCGAGGCUAAGUAAUGUUUUGUUCUGGUGAGUUAUCUGAACACCUAGUGCUAGAUGGAGGCUACGAGUUUACUGUGAGGAGAGAGCCAACUGUUGUCAUUUUGUACAAAACUGCAGUGCAGGGUUUAUCAGGAACACUGUCUAGUGUUGGUGUGGUUUUGUAUAGACCUUUUUCAUAACAGAUAAAUCGAAACAUUCGAUAACCGUCAUGUUAAAUCAUUAAUAAAGAUGUGUCAUACCAA